GCAACUACUGUGCCACAGCAUUCUGGCAGAGCGUUGAGCUGAGGGAUGCAAGAGGUGCCCACACAUGAGCUCUCAAUUUUGUCUUUUGAAUUCUCCUCAUCAGUGGAAAUGUUUGCAGAUUUAAAGGAUAACUUCCUUCAUGUUGGAGCUGGGAUGACUCGCCGAGAGAAGCAACAGCUGGGCGAGCAGAUUUGAAGCUUUUGGGUCUCAAAAUUCUCUGGUCACUCUCUUUGUCUACCUUUUUAGAUCUACAGGCAUUGCAUUGCUUCAGGGGGGGACAUUUCAAUCCUCCCUAACUCCCCACUGUCUCCAGGAAAGGCAUCACUUGGACAAAAAGGUGGCUGCUUUUACUGUCAAUGUGUUUUCCAGCGAUCGUCACUGGGCUGUCACCCUCAAAGUAUCAUCCUGCACCUGCUGAGAGCCCCUGGAAGCCACCUGCUGUGCCUCUGGGAUGGUGUGACGUCCAGCCAGCUGUUGGCCGUCCCACAUCUGGGUCAAGAUGCCGGUGAUGAAGGGCCUCCUGGCCCCCCAGAACACCUUUCUGGACACCAUCGCUACACGCUUCGAUGGCACCCGUAAGUAAUCUGAGGACUGAGUAGUUUUGGUGCUUGUAGAUUUGUCAUAAAAAAUAUGAUAAAUCACUUUGCUGUUUUAAGGUGAUCCCUGGCUCAGAAUCAAGAUAUGCACAUUUCUUGCAUGACAUCUCAGCAAUCAAUCAAAUAACUGCACUAAUCCCCCUGGAGGCAAUUGGUUUGGAGCAGCUUUUACACAAGAUACAAAGCAAAACUAAACACAGACAAGCAAGAACUCAUUCAUGAACUGUGGCAUUACAUGUUAAAAGUAAUACUAAUAUAAAAAGUUACUAAAGAAGAGCGACAAGAUGGGAAAAUAAAAGGGUCGGGUUACAAAAUAAAAAGGAAAUGUAGUCUGUAAAUGAUUAUAAAGACGAUAACAAAUCAUAGCUAUGAAACAACAACAGAUUAUUCACAAUUCAGAAUCCAGAGAGCAUAUGCACAUGUAAAUGUAAACAAUACUAAAUGGAAGAAAUGAUGAUAAUGAACAAAAAUAUUUCAGGUAAAAACUGAAAAAGUUGCAGCUUAUACAAUAUAGUGUGAUAUGAUUUAAUAUGACAUGAUUUGUUUGGUUUGAUUCAGUAUUUUAUGGUCCAUACCAUGCAGAGAGAUGAAAAGAGAUACAAUACGCUACUAUAUGUUGUCAUACAACAUGAUUUAUUACUGUAAAAUAGGAUUUAUACUACCAUAUAUGAUGGAAACAUCGCCAAAUGAUUCGCUUGUUACAGUAAUAUGAUAUCCUAAAACGAAAACAUGAUACACUGCAAUACAAUAGGAUGUGAUAUAAUCGCUGGAUACACUUAAUUCCCACCCCAGGGAAAUUCAUCUGAGGCUUGAGUGCUGUAUACAUUUAGCUACCUCCAACGAGGUAUUAAUAAACAGACCACAAUUCUCAUGUAAAUAGAGGAAAAAAUGCCAAUGAAAACCACCCGCCCACUCAUAUAUUGCUCAUUUCUCAUGUAAAAUUGGUAAAAAUCUGUAUGAAAUGCAAUCUUAAUAUGUAAAUGAUCCAAGAACAUGCUUACACUAUUGCCAGCACAAUCUAAACAACCUCAAAAAACAUUGUUCAAAAUUUCGAUAGAGGUAGAUACGAUCAAAAUGUAAAGGAAAACUAAGCAGAUAAAUUCAAUCUUUUGUCGUGGAGGUAGAAAUAGAGCUACAGCCAUUACCUUAUCUCAUCCCAAAGCACCAGAACUCUGCCUGACUACAGCUUCAUCUGGCUCUGGUUGCAGUGGGAUGUAGGGAAAAGUUUGUCGUCAGUUCAUCAUAAUAGACCUGCAGAAAUCAUUUUGCCUUACUAAAUUCAUUUACCAUUAAACUCACAUUUAUUUUACCUUUAAACUGCUCUUCACAGCCAUAAGGCAGAACUGCAGUUUCUGCUUGCCUUGUGUCUCUUGUUUUGCACCUUGUGCCACCUCAGGGGAGCCUGUGGCUCGUUGUAAACAAAUACCAGGGGGACAUUUGUGUUUGCUUGCUCGUCGAUUCAGCCCUGCUCUCCCUCUGCUAGUCACAGCAGCCUGAAUGAACUGGUUCGAUCUAAGGAUAUGAACAGUAAAAAUGGGUGGCAUUUAAGGGUAAUUGAUGUGUUAGGAGUGCAAUUACAGCUUUGUCUUCUGAGUCAGGGAUUCUAAUGAGGCAUUAGGGGAUGUCUCAUCACAUAUCGCGCAUGUUUCCCCAUAACUUCACGCUUUAAAUAUAAAUGUGAAACUUUGUGAAAUGAGAGGAUUCGAGCGCUGAGUCUCGAGAUGACGUUAGCAGUGCGCAGUUCAGCAAGGGUCAUGCCCUCGUGAUGCCAUUGCCCUGAUGAAGAGCUAAACAUGGACUCCCUGCCAGCUCCAAAGGGCUGAACUUUCUCUAUGACCUCUUAGUGGUCAAGAGCAAAGACAGGGAAAAAUCAUCCUAAUCACGCUCGGUGGGCUUUUCUCACAGAAUUACAAAUAAUUUCAUUGAUAUUAAAGGAAAUAUUAAUGGAAACCGUUUUCCUCUUACUUUGUUCAUUAAAGUUGACUUUAAAGAACAAAGUAGUGCCUGUUAUUGUUUUGUUAAUCCUUUUUGUAGAUGAGGAAGAAGUGUUUUCUGACAAAAAAAAUCUCAUUGCCAUUCUCUUGAACAGUCAAACAGCUCUCUGUGAAUCUUUUUCUGUGGACACAGCAAACGAAAGCUCGACUGGAUUUUUGCAGUAUAAAUUGCCUCCCUUGAUGCAGACCAGCAAAGACAGGAAUUUUAAUAACUUUGAAAAAUCUAAUUGAUGGUCUUAUUUGUUAUUUUUUUUAGCCCAUAAAGAGGCAUCAGUGAUACUUUGAGUCUGUUCCAUAACCAGCUAGAAACCCAGCAGGAGCUUUUCGUGCUGAAGUCCUCAGCAGAAACAGCUCAGUAUGAAAUAAAUGACUCUAGAGAGGAUAGCCACCAUAUAACAGCUUAUCUAAACUGCUCAAACAUAUCUAGCUUAAUCUUAACAUUCAUGGCAACCACCAUCUGUCUGCUUUCCUUCAGCGCUGUAGACUGCUCAGCCAGCCUCCUGCAGUCUUGGGACUAAAUAUCAAAACAACGGCCUUUUAGAGCAACAGGAGUCCAAGAUUAAAGCAUGUUGGUAACAGCAGGAUGUACGUCUUUGCAACUACUUUCUAGUUUUUCGCCACUUUCAACCUCUUUCGAAGUCGCCCAAGGCUGCGGCUCCUUGAGGAGUGGCAGACUGCCCACAACUCAAAAUAGCUUCCUUCCUGUUGCCGGGCGACAAGGUCCCGCCACUUAACAUGGAUGAUACUCGAACACAUUGGAAAAGAUGGUCCGCUAAAGAGAAAACACUUGAACUUGCUUUCCAAUUAAAGGACUUUAAAGAAGGCAGCUGGUCUGUUGUUCCAGAAACAAGUGGCAUUGUGGGUUGUGCAGCUGCAACCCCCUCACCACCUCACACUACCCUAUAGUUUUUUAACCGUCUGCCCGAGACCAGUCUGUGUUUACACGCAGGCGUUAAACUUUUUAGCAUAAUUUCUUGUCCGUUUCACAAGUUUGGGCGCAAAAGUGGUUUUGCAAUGUUGUUGAAGUUUAUUUUUGCUCACUUUAAAUCUGAGUUUAUCAUGACCAAUAUCAACAAAGUAUUUCUACAAGUCGCUAAAAAUUUUCUUGGUGCUAGAAAAAUAUUUGAAGUAUUUCUGGUCAAACAUACUUUAUGAAAUCUCGAAAAGUGCACAUCUGUUGCUCAAAGCUCCUGGUUGGCCCUUUAGGUACAGUCCAAUAAUAAACUCCUAUUCCUUGUAUAUUAUCCUUGUUUAUGUAUUUGUCUAGUUUCAACCAUAGACUGUAUUUAGAAUGGACAGCGUCUGCCUCCUUGCUGGGUGAAGCCACCCCGAGAACAGCACCCUCUGGUGACAGGCUGCAGUAUAGGUCAUAAAUCCCGCCUCCUCCAGCAAUUCCUAUGGAGCUGUAGACAAACUUAAGAAUUUUUUUUUACAGAAUGAAAUUUUUCUCCCCCCUGCUUAUGAUGUUGACAUGUAGUUACUGUAAGACUGGUUUGUACUCAAGUCCUCUUUUUUCUGUACAAAUCCAUUAUUGAAAGUUAUUAGGGGUUCAUGUUUUCUAUGAUUGACACCUGAUACAGCCCAUGCGCGUACGAAGAUUGCGUAGCUCACCCGGGGGAUACGCUGUUUGAGUCGAGCGUCAUCACAGCGACUCUCCCGCCGAAUGCGUACAAUGCUACUGCGCAAUGUUGGUUUCAGGAAGUGGAGAAAAAACGCUGAAUUACUGAGAGCUUUCAAGCUUCAAAUCCGUAUACUGGCGGAAGGUGGAACCAAGUUGUUCAUAGUAUAUACAGCCUAUGGUUUCAACACACUCCUAAUCAAGAGUCCUGCAUAUUCUCAGUCAUUCCAAACCAGAAUGUAGUAUCAAAAAAAGCACUUUAUGUUAAAAAAGGAAGGGGCUGACUGAGCACCCACAGAGGCAGGUGCUGUCAAAAUGUUUUAACUCAUGUGUCACUUUAGUCUCUGUCUAGACACUUGUGACAGCAGGUACAUUUUAUAGAGGGACUUUUCUUUUUUACUCAAACGUCAGCAUUUGCAUGUUCCUGAGCAAAAGUAACAGCAAAGUUUUUUGUCAUUUCUUCAGACAAGCUGGAAAACCAACUUUCUGCAGCCUGAAGAUUCUGUAUUUAUUUUUGAUUUUAUAACAGUAUGCUCAUAACUCCCUGACCUUACUGAGAGUUUCUACCUCUUAACUUACAUUUCACUUAAGACUGAAGCAGAUAAUACAUUCACGGAUAUAUCAUCGCAAACUUCCUGCUUUGCAGCCUUAAAAUAUGUAAAGCAUGAUGCCUGUUGCAUAAUUUCAGUACUUUUGCAUAGUCUAAUGUCCAUAGUUGUUAUGCAAUAUGUCACUCUAACAAAGCCCCCUGCCUAUUCAGGCAUAAGAACAGUUCCUAUCAGAAAUUUUCUUAAGAAAAUAGCUUUUCUGGAAUAUUUCUGUGUCUUAGCAGCUCAUCUAUAACAGCCAGACUGCUUUUGUGUCCACAAUGUGUUUUUGUGGAAAGAAUUUUUGCAUUUAUUUAUUUAUUUAACAAGGUAAGAACCCGUUGAGAUCGAGAUCUCAUUUACAAGAGUGACCUGGCCAAGAGGUUGGCAGCACACAUCACAACAAUAAAUGAUAAAGAAGACGAAGAAAAUGACCUCCAGAAACAUAAUUAAAAACACAGGCACUGUUCCAUGGUCUCCCAAAGUCUGUCAUGUAAGACUAAACGAAAUGCUUCCAGCGAAAUUAAUUCUGACAAUUUCAGGUCAGUCUGGAGAUGAUUCGAUGCUGAAGUGGCAGCAAAACUGAAGGCUUUUUUGCCCAGUUCAGUUCUGAUUCCCAGAACAAUCAAAUGGAUAGUGUUGUUUGAACGCAGGGAGAAGUGGCUUUCAGUCCUUUGAGGAAGAUCACAUAAGAAGGAAUCUAAGCUACACAGGACAAAAAAUAAAAUAUUUUGUCGUCAAAGGGUUUUCUUUUUCUAUAUUUUAUUUAUUUAUUUGGUUUGUUUAUUUUCACAUACAAAAGAGUUUAAAAACAUAGGUUACAAGAUUCAAUGGUUAUGUGAAGGAGAGCGCCUAAAAACCCUCCAGGGGCUUGAGAAAUUACAUGUAGAAUAUACUUUUUACAAUUAAGACAAUAAUAAACAUAUCAUACAACUGAAAAGGUAAAAAAUAACACUGAGUUAUAGAUAAUAGAACAAGGAACUGAAACAACGAAAGCACAACACAAAAUAAAAAAUCAGAGAGACACAGAAUGAAAAACCACUAAAGAAAAUAAUGAAUCGACCCUGGUUUGUUAAGCAAACCAUAUGGGAAGUAUUUAGUAAAAAGAAGUGAUUUCAGAGCCUUCUUAAGUUGGUGAGAAGACAACUCCCAUAAAUGAAAUGGAAGAGAGUUCCAUAUUUUUGACCCUCUGAAGCCUAUAUUAAAUUGAGUUUGAGACGAACGUGUCAUUGGGGGUCUAAGGUUAGUCGAGCUACGUGUUGGGUAAUAAUGGACCUGAGAAUUAUGCCCAAAUAAACUAUGGAAAUAGAGCCAUGAGCCAUGAACAAAUAAACCAAUUUGGAGAUGGUUGACUUGAAAAACACUGAGAACUCCUAAAUGAAUAAACAAAGGCUUGGAUGAAUGUCUUGGAUGUACACAACUUCUCGUUCUUAGAGAUAUUUUAGCUUCAUGAUCAACAUUUUGAGUUCCAGUGGAAUUUCUCCCGUUUGUGCCUCUCAGCAGGAGUUGUUCAUGCUCACACAUAUUGAUUGGACAGAUCUAAACCCCGGGAAUAACCUUUGUAUAACAGAAAGCCACUUUUAAGUUGAUUUUAAUUUAACAGUUCCUUGACUGGGAAAAUUGCUUGUCUGUGUCAUAAAUUUCUUGCUCCACUAUUAGCAAAAUGUCAGAGGAGGUUAAGUUAGUAACCUUUCGCAGUGCACAGAGCAGCAUUUUGCUCGUGGCUGUGUCAGCGUUCCAGCUCUCUGAGGAUUUGUCUGCGUGUGUUUGUGUGUGUAUUUGUGCUUCUCAAUGGGUUCAGGGCUCUAAUGUCCGUCACAUGUUUGUACGCUGGUUUCAUACAUGUGUCCAUACAUCUGUGACGUCUUUCUGCUGAUCCCUGAAGGGAAAUUCUCUCAGGUCAAAGGUUAGGGCCACGUUACAGAACAGCACCUCUACAGAUGUAUUCAGCUACGGGGCGUCUCAGGAGGGCAGACAUUUGUUGUCACAUGUUAUGCCCAGGGUCUUUUCUACUUGUGAAAUGAAUGUGAUGUGUUUGUUUGUGUGUUAAAGCAUAAACGCCUGUCCUUCCCUCCCACACCCCGUCUCUCCCUGCUCCUUUACACGACCUCCCCGGCGGCGUUUUCACAUUGACAGCAGUGCUCGCCCCGUGGGGCGGCGAAACCACGGGGCAGCUGCAGGCCAAGAUAAGAACGAGGUUUAUUUUCCCCCUUAAACACUUUUCCUGUUAAAAGGCCACAGAGGAACCAAAGAAGAGACAGGGCAGACUGUCAAACUGGACCUUACAGAGCUGAACCAAUGAAUGGCUCUGAAGAGGCAGCAGCAGACAGGGGCUGGUGGAUGGCUGGAGCUAUUGUGUUGCUUCAUCCAUUGCUGAUUUUAGAGGUCUAAGGAAAGCUUUUAUUUAUCACCUUAUGGGCCUUGAGCUGAUAUCAAAUUUACAGCUUUGAUCCCUCGCUCUUCCAACGCUCGAUGUACAUUUUUUGGUAACACAUAGAAGUCUAAAUCUGCUCCUGAUGUUAAGCCCUGCACCGUGCGUGGCAGCUACGCCUCCAUCGUUGGGUAAAUGUAGGUGUGUGUUGGCGUAAAGCUUUGUAGAGCCCUAUGCAUUUCUUUCAGAAUAAAGACACGACAUUCAUGCUCCUCCUUAGGAUCCAGAAAUCCACGGCACAGAUAUUUUUGCUUUAGAUAAUCCUAAAUUUGGUCCAGAAACCAGUUUUAUCAAGUAAACAAGACUUGAUUGAUUUCUCCACAAGCCUUUUAACCAGUCCAAUGACCUUUUCCUCUGAAAGUCCACUUCCUCUUGUCGCUCUCAGCCUUCUGCAACAGUAAGUAAUUACAUGCUGCUGGGUAGUGAUUAGCUGGGGAACCAGUGGCCAACCCUCAAAGGCUUCGUUCGUCUUUCAUAUUGAACAGGGAACUUGUCAGACACGUGCAGGGUGAAGGCGGGCUGCUCGCUGCUAGCUUUUAGCCGUAGCAUGUAGCAUCAUCAUGUCAGCUUACAGCAGUCGCAAGUCAGCACAGAUGUGUAAUUAAGGAAGCUGGCGCAGCAGAGCGACCAUUCAAAGCAAUAUCCCUCAGAGGAUUAGCGCCUAAGAAUUGAGGCAUUGUCACAAUCUCACACACACAAACACACACUUGCAUUAAGUGUUUAUCAAGUGUGGCUCAUGUGGGUGCAGGAUUGCUUAUUUGCAAGUUUAACAAAACAGAUAAUUAUGAAGUUGUAGAAGCUGAAGUGUGAAGCGAAAGCUUUGUUUUUUAAUUUUUCUAAAGGUUAAAUUCUUUUUUGUUUUCAAAGCCACAAUCACUCCUGCUAGAAAAUCAUAAAUCUGCAAAGAAAUAGGUCAUAGUGAAAAAAACAAACAAACAAAACUUUAACCCUGUUUGCAGUUUCUUGAGCAAGGUUAGGAAGGGAAAAUUAGAAACUGACAACAGACAGCCUGCAUAAGAGCAUAAAAUCUUGCAAAUUGCAUUUUAUUCAUAGACUGUAUAUAGAAUGGACACCAUCUGUCUCCUCACUGGGUGAAGCCACUCUAACAACAGCACCCUCUGGUGACAGGCUGCAGUAUAGGUCAUAAAUCCCGCCUCCUCCAGCAAAGCUUAUGGAGCUGUGAAAAAACUAGUUUGUGCGCAAGUCCUUUUUUUUUUGUACAGCUCGAUUUUUUUUAAAGUGAUUUUGAGGGUUUGUUUUUCCUAUGAUUGACACUUGAUACAGCCUAUGAGUGUAUGAAGAUUGUGUAGCUCACCCGGGGUAUAUGCUGUCAUCGCGGCGACUCUCCCACCGAAUGUGCACAAUGUUACUGCGCAAGUGGAGAUGUGCGUACAACGCUACUGCGCAAUGUUGGUUUCAGGAAAUGGAUAAAACUCACGGAAAUAUCGAGAGCUUUUCGGCUUCAAAUCUGUUUAUCUGCAGAAGGUAGAACAAAGUUGUCCAUAGUAUAUACAGUCUAUGAUUUUAUUACAUACUGCUAAAGGAAGAAAAGAUAGAGCAUGUAGAUCAGUGAUGUUAAGAAGAUUUGGUUGACAGUUCCCCUCACGCAGAGCUUGGUUAGCUGUUUCCUUCUUUGUAGUGAUCAUACUAGCUGAAGCCCAUUACUAUACAGACAUAUGCUUUGUGUAACUUUGACAAGAAGGCAGAAAAAGUGCAUUUCCCAUGACUUUUAAUGAAUCAAAUACAUAAAACUACAGUUAAAAACUCUUGAAUACUUCAUACCAGUGUAACACACCUUAUCAUGAAUGAAACUUUUCUAGUUAUGUCAUAAACUUCGAUGAGGCAGCGUAAAAGUUUUAUUCCAUAGUUGCAUUUUGGUUUUAACACCCCCUAACAAAGUGAUUUAUGACUGCACCCGCCCUUGACCCAUUUGAAGUAAAGACUCAGGUUUGCUGAGUAAAGAAGCUCCUAUUCUUGGGUUAUAUUACAUAAACCAAAGAUGAAUGCAGUUGCUCUCCAACACUUGCUGGCUCUGUGAGUUGUGAAGUAAGAAAUUUAUAGAUCUUGAAAAAGAGGGCACGGCUGUUGGGCUUUUCUUUAUCUUCUCCAGCUCAAUAGGCUAUGACUUUGUGUUCUGCCAUUGUUUCUUGGCCCCUUUUUUUAGAUUUGAAAAGCAAAAAAAACAGAAAUCCAGGGCGGCUCACCUCUCAAGCUGAGACUUUAAAGCAACAGGUAACAAUCUUUUCGAUGAAAACAGAAAGACCUACAGCAGGAUGCAGACCAGAAAUAUCUCAUGUCCUCCGUGUUGAAAGAAGAAUAAAGCAAUGCAUAGCAGUUACAUGAGAAGCUCCUCUGCUUCUUGAUGGAUCAGACUAAUGCCUGUCUCUUUGGAUAAUUCCUCAGUGACAGUUUAGUUGCUGCUCGCUGCACACCCAAGAAAGGUUGUCACCGCUCAGAAAAGACGUCCCCUAUGGACCGCUUUCUGCGAAGUCUGGCCAAUUAAAGCGCUAGAUUGUGGAGAGCGGUGUAGCAGCUGCUUAAUACUCCUCAUCUAAGACCUGCCCUCUGUCGAACCGGGAGAACUGAGACAAGAUAAUCUGUCUGCAUAGAAGUGCAUAUGCUGCAUCUCUAUAUGACAUUUAGAAAAUCUGGUCUGAUUGGGUUGAAGAGUCAAAGCAGGAGUAGAUUUUAUACCUUUGCAUGACUUUUGCAAAGAAUUAGCCUAAAAAUACGUAUUUAUAAUGCAUGGAAGAUGGAAUUAUACCGGAGGAUAAGGUAUGAUGUUAUGCCUAAUUAGGAGAUAAGGUUCAGUCAGAGGUGAAGAUUAGAGGAAUUUCCUGCGAGGAUAGAAAGAUCACGGAGAAGCUUAGUUAAUGAAAAACCAAACAAAGAAACCAAAAAUGUAAAAUAUUCAUUAAUAAAACUUAUUCAUGUGUAAUGCCUGAGGUAAAUGAGAGGUUUUUUUUAUCCCCCUUAGCAAAAAGUAGUGGAUUUCCUUCUUGUGUCAUUAAAAGUUGUAACCGUGUUGACGCAAAAGAAAAGGGAAAGCCUACAGAUUGGCAAUUUAUGGAUUAAACGGUGUGACACUGUGAUAAAAUCUAGGAUUGAGAGUGUACGUGUGUGUGUGUGUUUGCACGCGCUGGUUACUGUACAUUUAUCCAAUACUCUGAAACUAAUUGGGUGCAAGUCAGUGUUAGUCUUCUAAUUUCUUUUUAUCUUGUUUGAGCUCCAGCGACUAUGCUGUGCUUCUGUGUUUAAACCUUUUAAGAGGAGCACUGAAAGCACUUGAAUGUUUUUCAAAGCCCCUUUCACUGGUAGUUCUGGCAGACAGAAACCCAAACAAAGAAACUGCACUGCAGCAAGACAGCCUACUCGAACUUUGCAAGGCCACAUCUGUCGAGAAACGGAGGGAGAGUGUCUAAUUAUACCUGUCUCCCGGAUUUAUAUUGGUAUACAGUAUGGGAGAAGAGAAGCAGCAGGAAACACAGUACAUACUGUAUUACAGGACGGCUGCUGGGGAGCUGUCCGUGGUGCUGAAGUAAUGCUAAGAUGCGAAGCUCGUGUGUGGUGGUGCUGAACAAACAGAACAGCUGGAGUGCAAUAUCGACAUGAUAUGAUCCCGCACACUCGAUUAAUAUUCCACCACUUUAAUUUAGUAUUUGGAUGUGCGGCUCUCAUGAGAUAGAUCUCCACCAGGUCAAUGAGUCACAAUGCAUUUUCUCUUUUAAUAACAGCCCCCUUGAGAUGAACAUGCAAUGGGAAUGCAAAGGAACAUAAGAUUAGGGAGAUGCCCAUUUUAUUGGAUUUUGAAAUGAGGUUUAAUGCAUAUACACAUACAUUAUAUAAGAGACAGAGCUUGAGAGAUUAUAUAAGUUUAUUGUUUUGAAUAUAGAAGUGAACUCAUGGUCACUCUGGACAAAGUCAAGAUGAUUGCACUCAAAUAACUCUUAAAGUAAUGCAGCUAGAGGAUUGGUGUUUGUGUCUGGUUUUCUAAAAAGUUAACAUUAACUGUUUUUUUUUUCUUUUGACUGCACCCUCAAGUCUUCAUUUCAUAAAUUGCUAUGAGAUGUUUAAGUGCGUCAGGGAACAUCAGGUCAUUCUUAAUCUUUUACUCCCUUUCAUUCAUUGAAAUUCGAGUCAAUAUUUACUUUUUUUUAAUGCUUUCAUGCGUUCUACUAUUAUGCAACUUCUUAUUGAAAUUCUGCAGUCUGGACCACGAUCGUGAUUAUGUCAUCCAAUCCAGCAGCACAAAGUUACGUGGGAAUCAAUCACUAACCUUUGCGCACCUUUGAAACUACAGUCAGCUGUUUUUUAUAUCUUCCGUCUGCAGGCCAGCCUCCAAUCUCUCAACAUCAGUAAUCCCAUACACCACCAAGAGCAGGAAUCAGACGAUGAUACCCUUGGGAAAUUAACCCCAAACUGAGUCUACACCAAAGCCUGAUUCAUGUUCACGCUGAAAUUUAUGAGGCAGUUCUGAGUGAAACCUGCAGAGCUUUGACGGGACUUCAACGGUUUUGAUUCUGAUGGGAAUAGCGAAUGUACACCAAACUUGAGAUUUAUGCACCAGCUUUCCUUUUUUGUUAUCCACACGAAGAUUUAAGAAAAACAACCCCCAAAUAUGUCUCAAUUUAAGUUUCAACUCUGACAUCUUUUCAUCUCCCUCUCCCAUUUCACAGACAGUAACUUCUUGUUGGGUAACGCCCAGGGUCAUCGCGGGUACCCCAUCGUCUACUGCUCGGAUGGCUUCUGCGAGCUGACCGGCUUUACCAGAACUGAGGUGAUGCAGAAGAACUGCAGCUGCCGUUUCUUGUACGGGCCCGACACCAGCGAGCACGUGGCCCAGCAGAUGGAGAAAGCUCUGGAGGGCCGAGAGGAAUACCAGGCUGAGGUGCACUUUUACAAGAAGAAUGGUGAGUGUGCGGGGAAAGAAGACAACUUAAUGAACGUGGCAUUUAGAAAUAAAAAGGUUAUAGGAAAAUUAAAACUCCUCCUUAUGUUGUCAUCUUUUAUUCAGGAGAUCAAACUCUUCAGCCUUGAAAUAUGUAUUAACUUUAGAGACGACAAGCCAUUUUCUUUGAUUAUGUUCUGCUUUGAGCUUCUAUUCAAUUUUUGGAAGAAACUCUGUAUUGAGAGCUGUAUUUUUUUUUUUGGUCUCCACAUUAUGAAGAGCACAUUUAUUUUUAGAUGAGAGCUGGGUUGAAUUAUGAAUCUCCAGAGUGACGCAGAAUUUUAAACACAGCAGGUCAGCAGUUCAAUACAUGCUCUUUAUAAUUAAUACAAAACCCUCGGAUAGAGAGGCAACUUCAGCCGUGGGGUUUGAAAUUGUGCCUAAGUAAUGAGCUUUAAGUCGGCCUCUGGUUCAUAUAUUUCAGGGGUAAUCAUAUGUUCUGGAUGUAAUAUACAGAACAAAGUACUGUACAUACUGUCUCUCUCUAUGUAUUUUCAGUCGGCUACAGUAGCAGAAAUGCUGAAUUGACUAAUUCCCUCUGACUUCUAGCUAAUCCUUCUGACAAAGUCUCAGGCUCAAACUACCAUGUCAUGCAUUAAAAGGGAGCACACAACACUGUCAAAGCCUCUCUGACUAUUAACUGUCACAAAGGAUUAUUUCCCCCUUCAACAGAGACCCAGACCUGCAGCUACUAGGAGGAAAGCCCCAAAUUAAGCUUUUGGAUCGCUUCAUCAAUACGACGGCAGAAUAAAAUCCUCCUUUUAGUUUUUACAGUGCAGUGAAGAAGUGCAACUACAACUUGACCCUUACAUGUUGUUUAUAUCUAGUGCCUUCAAAGUAAGGUCUAGGUCAAAAUUUCCCUAUCAUACAAAAUCACCUCCCAUUUCACUGAAGACAUGCAGACAAAACAAACAUUUUUAUAUUUUCAAAGCUGCUUCAAUGUAUUUUGAUCAUUCUUCAUGUUUAACCAAUGACUGUAUCUCAAUAUGGACAAUGUGCCUCCAUUCUUUUCCCAUUAUAAGAUGUGAAGCCUGAUACCGCCUCAAAGGGUGCUGACUUAUUGUGCUUGGAGCUUCGUAGCAAUCUAGCUGAUGGAGCCACAAGACUGGCAUCUUACACUCACCAAAACUCACAUCUAACUUUUGAUGAGGCGCCAAAGACCGCUCAGAUUGAAACAGUGCACACCAGAACAGACUCUCAUGUUGGUUUGAAGCAGACACGAACGGCUUUGGAAAGUACACCAUCCCUCCACCCAGAGCUUGUCAACAAAGCUGUCAGUCAUCUAUUUGAUACUGAUUAACUAAUGAAGAAAAGUGGGUCCUUGACCAUAUAUUAGCAUGAUGAAAAGUGACAGAUAUCAUGUAAAAAAAUAACUUGAUUUGACUCAGAUGUUAAAUAUUUUAGUUUGACCAAUGUUCAGUCUCCUAAUAUCAAGGAGGCAGGGUUCAUGACCUUUAGUGCAGCCAGUCAGAAGUGGUAGCGCCUAAUGUUUUGGCUUACCAGUUCAUCCACACAACCAUUACAACAAUUAAACACUGUCCUCAAUGCUUUAAAAAUCCCCUAUAAGUAUUUACUUUGAAUUCAACAUGAACACUUAACAUACAUGAUAUAAAUGACGGCUUGUUUUCAAAAUAGUCGGUGCAUUCAGAGCAGAAACAGGUUCAAAUUUAGCCCUAAAAGCCUCAUUUUACAAAAAUUUGCAGCAUCUUAAUCAGCAUCUAAAUUUGAAGAUAUUUUCAUUUUUGUUUCACUUUGGGAGGAGUUGUCAAAUAUUUGGCCAAAAUGUUGACUCUGGGGGUGUUUUUCCUGCUGUCUCAAAAGUAAACAAUUAAAAUUACACAGUCUGUGAGGGUAAGGGAAAAUGUUUUACUUCAGUUUCAGACUUAGAAACAUUUUUAAAGCCAAAAUCCUGCAUGCAGAUAUUCGUGACUAGUUUAGUAUUAUUAUCUUGAUAAAUCCGCACACAUAUGAGGGACACACACACACAUACUCAAAAUCCUCUCAAGCAAGACCAAUCUCUCAAAUUCACACCCUAAGCCUUGUGCUAAACAUGACAAGCUACGCCGUUCUCUUCUCUCUGUGCCACACAAACACACGUACACACACAUGCAUGCAAGACUGAAGAUACUGAAGCCCACUUGGGAUACUAUAGGAGAUGUGAAACAUCUGUUUUGCAGCAGAGCACAGUUUCUGCUAAUGAGAGUGCCGGGUUAUGGCAGGGUCUUGGAUCUAUGAUGCCACUUUGCCGCCUUGUCAUAUCCAACAUCCAAACCUUCUCAGUUGCUCUUUUUUUUUUCUUUUGCAUAAUCCUUCAGUGUAUGAUCCAAAUCUUGGUGUAUUUAUAGAACGUCUGUGCUGCUACUUCACAAGUAUCCACUUCUCAGACAAGUUGGGGCUGGUGUCACAAGGGGAAGUCUUGUUUCUUGACUUUUUUUCGUCUUUGUUUAACGGAAGAUGUGUGUUUUUGUUCUAGGUAUAGCCUUCUGGUGUCUGUUGGACAUCGUGCCCAUAAAGAAUGAGAAAGGGGAAAUGGUGCUCUUCCUCUUCUCAUUCAAAGACAUCACUGACACCCAUGGAAAGGGACACCACAACAGCAAAAAGGACGGUAGGUUCAAGCCAUGUUUAUUGAAAAAUAAAUGUCCUGUUAUUUGCUAAAAUGCAGGAUGAUUUAUGAGCAGGCCGUCCUCCGGCCCCCAGCGUAUACUUUCUCUACACACUCCUGUUCAUCACUGUCACAUUCUGCGCAGCAGUUUUGUUUGGGCCUGUGUAAGAUCACUGAACUCUGACAAUGUUUUUGCAAUGAGGAGUUAGAUUUGGGCUACGAAGCGUCUUCAAAUGGAACCUGGGUACAGUCUGGCACAAAAACCCAGCACCAUGCCAGGGGGGAAUUAACCGUCAAUUUGUUAUGAUGCAAAGGAAUGACAGCCAAAGUAAUAAAAGCAGUCAGAAAUAUAAAUGAGCUUAAAAAUCUUUUGGCAUAAAUUACGCAUCUGUGCAUCAGGUUCAGAGGACAAGAGACGCAGGAGGAAGAGCAGCUCUCACUUCAGCGAGGCGAGGAAGAGAGGACGCACCAUGUUGUACCACCUGACCAGACAGUUCUCACGGGGAGGCAAAGGAGAGGUCAACCUGGGCGGUGUGAGUACUCUUACCUCUCUCUUAUUUCUCCUGACUGACUGUGAACUUCUCUCUGUGUGACCUGAAAUGACCUUUAAGAAAAGAACAGCGGCAGGAGUAACUGAGAUAUGUAAGGGGCUGAGCUCAGACCUUGAUUUAAAUAUUUUCAAGGCCGUAAACUUAAGACCACGAGUCAUUUUUUUAAAAUUAAUACAGAAAAAAAGAUGUUCCCAUGUCGAUUUCUCAUUUAGAAAACAGAGACCACAGUGUUUACGAUGCUGAAACUUGUCUUUACAAAUAAGCAAUUUCCCCAGAUAAUUAUUCUCAUGUUUCCAUCGUUGGAUCCCAUCAUGCACUGCCCUCAUGUUCAUGUGUAAGACAUGACAUUCCCUGUGGGCAUUAUGAGAGAAGUCUUGCCUCAGAUUUCCUAGGUGAAGCUUUCCUCAGUGAGAAUUUCAUCAAAUUGGUUUGCUAUUUCCGCUCUCAUGAAUGUCAUCUUGUUGUUGCUUUUCUUUUUAUGGACGUUGUUGUUUGGCCAUCAUAAAAUACCAAGGUCAUGAAGUGAAGAUGGCUUUUACUGCAUUGAGGGUGUUAUCGUUUUAAAGAAAGCUUUUUUUAGACUUUUCUGACACGACAAUACCUUGCAAGCAUGUCCCCUUACCUGAACCCUAAUCCUUACCCCAACCUUGACGCUCUACCUGUUACCAUCGGUAAUGCUCCUACAGAGUAUCACAUUUAUAUAAGAUGUAUGAUAAUACAUGAAUAAAUGCAUGAAUUUCCCUUUUUUCAGUUAAAUGUCAUUCAUCUACCUUGAGAGGCUAUUCCUUUUUGGUUGAAUAGACCCUCACUGCGGUCAAUUUUAUGGCCACUUGUCUUAUUUCAACAGAACAGAAACCUUCUUGGCCCUGAAUAAUAACUUACACUACAAGAAAAUGUUAUUCAUGAGAAUCAGCUCAUGUUCUGCUCUGUGACACAUAAGAGACCAGAGAAGCACCUUCUUCAGACUAUCCUACUCACACCUUGCAGAAGCUCAGCCGCAUUAUCCAGGAUCAUUUUCAAACCUGUGCUUCACUGUGUGCCGUUUUUUUUUCACAGAGUUACAAGUCAUCAUUUUGAUUUUUAAGGUAUGAAUCAGAAUGUAAAAUAUAUUUAUAAAGACCGUGACACGAGAGUGAUUCAGAGUGCUAUAGUUAGAAUCUAAAAAUGAAAACUUUGCAAAGCUUAUGUAUAACUUUUAGAGGAAUUCAUUUGAAUUUAAAGUGUUUUUUUUUUUCUAGCUUUUAAACUUAAAGACAUUCGUUUCCACCCACCAAAUAGCACUUCUGUCCUUUCUUCCUUCCCAUUUUCUUCAUGUUUAUUUAUGUUUUCCAUCGUAACUCUAAGAGGAGAAGUUAGUUUGACAAUCAUGCAAAUUUAGGAGAAAAUCCCAUGGUUAUUAAUUAAUUCAUAUAAAAAACACCACAUAGUCCCAUGUUUUCUCUUUGUAAAAAUUGAAUAUCGGGUACACAGUUUUCUGAAAACACUAAUAAAUCCCAUCUCCCUGCUUUGCAAAUCCUCCUGCUUCCAAUCACACCUUCUUGCAGAUGGUGUGCACACUGACACCACACACAUACACCUGUUCCAGUUUUUUCUUCACACACACACACACACACACACACACACACACACACACACACACACACACACACACACACACACACACACACUCCCACCCAAAAAACAUUCACACGUGUGUAACAGACCGUGAUUGCUGUGAAUGAUGGCUUGCCCUCCCAGAAGAGCGCAGACAAACAUAUGGCCAAACGUCAACACAGUCAGAAUCAGGUGCAAGUAUUUAUCAUUCAAAUUUUAUUCAAGCGCUCACUGCAAGAGGCUGUGUUGUCCCACCAACACUGUGUCUUUUACACACAUGGAAAUAUAUUAAAGAGGGAAAGGAACCCAACACCGGAUUUAACCAACCUACAGGACAUAAAACUCACUAAAACGGCCGUUCCAUGCAGGGGUGGAAAUACAAGACAGCUAUUUCCUCAUUUAUUUGUAGCCUUAGGGGCAGUUAGCAGCAUAAUGUACUCCCAUAAAGCACCGGCACUGAUUUAGUGCAAACCUGAGAUAAUGGAGCAUUUUAAGUCAACGCAGCUAACUAGCUUUGGGAUGCAAAACAUAUUUCUACUGUGAGAAAAUAAAUGAGGUGUAUUCUGUGAGGUGAUGUUUUUGUUUUUGAGGGUCUUUGACAGCUCACCUUACUUCAUCUUGUGGUUCCCUCUGUUGUUUGGUAAUCCUUAUCUUGCACACCUGUCACCUGUGUCAGACAGAUAUAAGUGCAGGUUGAAUGGGAACGACAUGACAAGCAGUACACUGAAAACUGAAGGCGAGAGUGUUUGCUUGUGUGUAUGUCCUGGCAGACCUAUCUACAAGUAUAAAUAUCACUUCACUGUCUUGAUUUACAUGAUAUGAAUGAUAUAAAUCUGAUUACAAAUGCAGCUCAGUGUACUGAUGCCUCGUUAAAAUGCAACGGUCUUCUUUGUUAUUUUGAAUUAAAAAAUAAAAUAAAAAAUAAUGUGAAAUGUACAUGUUUAAAAACUUAGAGAAAAUUAAACCAGGCGUUCAGUCUGACAAAUAAGUUAAACAUGGCGUAGAUAACUGACCGUCGCUAUAUGUCGCAAAACAGUCAUUCACCGAAUUACAUUUAUUUUCAAAUUAUCUUAUAAGGCAUCCAAAGACUUAAUACAACAAGUAAUUACCAAAACAGCACUUUACGGUCGACGUUGUUAACUUUAAACCCAUUAAUCAGAACAAAAGAAGCACGACCGAGUCAUUAUAUUCACCAUUAACUGUUGGAUUUCAUAUUGAACCGUUGGUAACCAUAGCAACAGCCGUCCCAUUUACAGCAGCCCUGGCUACGCUAGUUUCACUAAUUUCAAAAGCGGUCAAAUUGAGCAAAAAUUUUGUCAAACGCAGAGAAGAACAGAAGUAUGGCGAGCCUUAUCCAUAACUUCAUCUUGGUAAGUCGAGUAACUAUCGCCGUGGUCUCCUGUCAGUCAGGACAUGACUUGCUAGUGUAAACUGGUUUAUAUAAAUUUGGAUUAACUUGGAGAUAGCAUCGCUUCAAACAACAAAAUACGCUUUUCAACAGUGUGUUAACUGCCCCUGUUGAAAGGUUUUGCCAAUUCAUUAGUAUUCACAACAUUAAAUUGUUAAUAACUUCGAACCUAACCAAAGUAACCUCCGGUAUAAAGCUGUUUCCUAAUCUCUCAACCCCACCCUCUUCAGUUUUCAGCCUUUUCUCCCCUCUUUGUUGGUUUUACACGUCUUCUUUUCCCCUCCAUCUGUCACUCUAACCUCAUCUUUUUUUGGCUUCAUCCCUCUGGAUCCUGCUGUCUCUCCUCAUUCUGCCUGUAUUGUCACUCGGUAGUCCCUCUUUACUUUUCUUUUCUUUUCUUUUCUUUAAUAUGGUCCCCCCCAUUGCUAAUGUGGCUCUGACUCACAGUCCGGCUCAAAUUUUCAUAUGAACAAUUGUAGUUCAUCAGGAGACUAUUAAUUUUACACUUUUAUACGAAAUUCAGAGUUAAUACUGUGUAACCGAUCAGGAUUUUUCAUGUAAAUGACAGCAGUUUGAAAAAAUGUGAUGCAAUUCAUAAUGUCAGAUUACCCUGUAUGGAGAAGAUGUCAAAGUCAAACACAUGAAUAAUAUAAGUCAUGAUAUUAUAACACCAUUAAGGGUCAUUCCCUGUGUAAUGUUUACGUCUUACUGAAAAUGCACCUGAUAUUUGAAAUGUAUAACCGCCUUUCUUUCUAAUAGAGUAGUUUUACAAUCUACUUUUCCUGCCUGACUUAUCUCAAACACACUAACUCCACUGCUGCCUUCCUCCCACUCUGGCUAUAUUUUUCCCCAUUUUGGUUCCUUUCCUCUCAGACUGUCUCUCCCUCUAUCUCUUUCACACUGUGUCUCUCUCUAUCUGUCUCCUAGUAGAAGCUCACUAACAAGGUGUUCAUGCUCCUCACACCGAGGCCAGCCACAUCUACCCUGACUGGGGAUCUUUAAAUAGGAGCGCAGCCAAAGAACGUAAAAAAGAAAAGAUGUAAUUUACAGAUAGAUAUCUGUUAGCUGCUUAAAAAGAUUGUGAAUUUUCAUUGCACUUUGUGUCCCAGAAGUUGCAUACUUUCUAAAAUGAUCUACCAAACGCCACAGAUCUCUCAAUAACAAUGCCUGUUUGAAUUUCCCUUCCUGACUAAGUUGUUUUGAGGCUGUCAACCCAGGCAUGUAUUAGCUGCUGUAACCAAUCCAAGGCACACUGACAGGAAGCUUUGACUUGAUUUCAAGUAGUUCCCAGGAGAGAGCUGCUAUUGCCUCUCUUAACUUUGAUGCUCUGUGUCAAAGAGCUAUAAAAGAGAAAAACAGUGCAAUCUGGAGGUGUUUUUUGAAGUUAUGGCUUCAAUAUUUCUUCACUUGUCUGGUACAUAUAAAUCUAGUAGUCCGUGACCUGAGCUUUUUCUCAUUUUACUAUUUGAAUGUUCUAUUUUUAUUUAUACAAUUUAGUUCAGCAAAAAAAAAUGUAAGUCAAAGUUGGAAAUGGCUGUACAGCUUUGUUAUGCAAAAGUUGUUCAAAAAAGUUAAGUGUUGUUUUGGGAGUGAAUUCUGAUCCAGUGGCAUUGGCAGCAGUUUUCAUCCUCCUUCCAUUAAAGCACACACCUGAUUCAAAUGAUCAGCUCGUUAUCACGCUCUGGAAUGGCUUAAUAACGAGCUGAUCAUUUGAAUCAGGUGUGUUGGAGCAGGGAAACAUCCAAAACAUGCAGGACUCGGGGGCUCAAGGACUGGACUUGAGAACCACUGCAUUAAAGACAGGCUUUUAUCCACACUUAGGCCCAAAGCAUGGUGGGAGAUGUAGUUAGAAUGGUAAGCUCUUGGGCGAGAAUGUGAGAUAAUGAAUUGAGAACACCAGCUGUAGCUGUGUGGCAUGCCAUCCCAUGUGUCCACGCUGUGACUGAGCUUUUCUUUUCUUUUCUAAUCACUGGAUGUACCCAGCUGACUGCCGCUGGAGCUAGAGGUCGGGUGGUUGUCCUGACCUCAGUGAUGUAAGGCAAAUUAAAAAGAAAAAAGAAAAGAAAAAGCAGUCGUAGAAACAGCUUUUGCUGACAUUGCUCCAACUAUCACAUUGAAGUAGCCACAGCUGUUUGUAACAGUCAGCGGGGUCUUUUCUUUCAGAUUUGUAAGACUGUUAAAGCCUCAAACACAACAAUUGAUGUCAAGCCGCCACAAUCAAUACAGUUUUGAAUGAUGUUUCACCAAGGUUUGUUUGAACAUUUUGCCUUGUGUUUUGUUUCAGUAUUUCUCCCAUUUUUGAGCAACAAAGGGUAGCCCAAGGUCCUCCAAUUAUUUCAAACAGACAGACAGUCAAAGAAAUCUUAGGCUACAUCUUCAUUUUCCAGCUGCCUUUGGUUUUACCCACACCUGUUUGUGAAGUGAGCACAUUGUUCUUGGAUGGAUUACCUCUCAUUUAUCUCCCCUUUCUGCCUCCUUCCCACUCCUCCUCCUGUCUUCACAGUUAAGGCUAUUAUGUGCCAAGUGCAUGGCCUCAUUUGGAGAGCUACAGCCUCAUUAUAUUCAAAAUGGACUCCCCAAAACCCAUCAGAAGAAGGCAAUUCAUAUUCUCUGCGAUUGGAUUUUUCUGACAAAAAAAAUGAAACGAGUGGAAUAAAUAGAUAUGAUGUUCAAAAAUAAAAGCACUGAAUGGUUCCAGCUGUCUCCAUUCCAGAAAAAUGGCUCAGCUGAUGUUGCUCCUGAGACUUUCAGCCCUAAUGGCAUUUAGAGGAAUGAGGCAAAGCUAAGGGCAAGUCAGGGAGGAAAUGAUGAGCAGUCACUUCUGGUAAUAAGCGCCUCCCCAACUGACCAACACCCAAUCUCUGCUGGUUUAUUUUGUUAAUGCACGGCCAUUUUGAAGGUUUAUCACUAUCAAUAAAAGGCUGUCAUAAACAGAUAACCAACCGCAUUACCAUAUCUGUUUCACUUGAGUUCCCUUUCAUACUGAAUUGUGAAUGGUCAGAGCACAAGAGAGUGUCCUGACAUUUACACUGCAAAAUCCUGGCACUGCAGCGUUCAUCUGAUUACCAUUUAUUUCCACUGCACUCUACCUUAUGACCAUCUGCUUAUCAAAUUAUUCAUUUAUGCAGCUUCCAUAAUGAGCUGCUGUAUAUUUAUCAGCACAAACUGGAAACUCAAUAGGUUGUUAGUGUGCAUAUUAAGAAAUAAUAUGUGUUUACCUCCUCUCUUACAGGGCAUGAUUGACAAGCCUUCGAUACCAGAAUACAAGGUGGCAGCAGUGCAGAAGUCGCGCUUUAUCCUGCUGCACUACAGCGUGUCCAAAGCCCUGUGGGACUGGCUCAUUCUGCUGGCCACCUUCUAUGUGGCUGUCACUGUGCCCUACAAUGUCAGCUUCACGCCAUAUGAAGAUACAGUCACAGCUGCUCGCUCCACCAUCGUCAGCGACAUAGCAGUGGAGAUGCUCUUUAUUGUAGGUGAGUGUGAAUGACAGACCCGAUCGAUCUACUGAAUCAAGUUGGUUCGAAGUCGUGGUUCUGGUGUCAUCAACACAUUUCUAUCAGUUUACUUUGACAGUCUAGUUUAAUUCAGUCAACCCAGAAAACUCUCCAAAUCUGGCUCAUUUAAGAUCAGUCAUCCACAAACCUUUCAUUUUCUUGCUCCCAUUGCUGCAAAGGGCAACAGGGCAACAACCCAUGGUUCAUUUUCCCUGAAAGUUUCCCUACACUCUAAAAACCCCAGCACCAGGGUUGAAAAGGGACCGACUACUGAUUGGGUUAUUUUUACCCAGAAUGUUGGGUUGACUCAUUUACCCUUUUUAAGGGUCAAGUUAACCCAAUCUUGGAGUUAAUUUGACUCAUGAUCUUGGGUUAAAUUGAUAUAUGCAUUUGGGGAGCUUUUUUUGGGAGCUUUGCUUUUGCAACCUGUAUGGAUGCAGCUUUAAAUGGUACACACUCAUGUUUAUGAGGUAGGCCAUAGAGCUAAGGGUCUUGCCUAAGGACCCACACUGGUAGAUGUAGUUCGCUCCUUACAGAUGUGUCUCAUGCAGGAUUGGAACCCCAACCCACCAAGUACAGUCAAUCAGCCCGACAUUCUGACCCAAUUAUUGGGUUAUUCUCAGAAAAAUAACCCAUAAUUAUUAACCCAUUCAAAAAACCCUCAAAUUGGUGGGGUUACAAUCGAAUCCAUAUGACCCAAGAAAUGGGUAUGGAUCUGAAAAAUAACCCAGAAAUUUAACUCAACUUGUAUAUCCCAGGAAUUGGGUUGAAGAAAUAACCCAAGAGUUUUUAGAGUGUAGUUCCAGGCAACCUGAUUUUGUAUUCCCAUUAGGAUCUACUGGAUCUCACUCUGGUUACCUUCUUAGAUGAUGAUGCUUUGUUAACCUUCAAAAAGGAGCAUCUAAGGGAAUAAAUUAAUGUAGUUAAACCAUAUAUGCAAAACAGUUAAGUAUCUACAGGCUUAAGCUCAACUCACUUUGUGUAUUUAGGGUUCCACUAGAUUGCUUAAUACCUUGCCUUCGAAGGAGCAGGGUUUAUGUGAAAUGUAAUCUCUCUUCUAGAGUAAUCUGGCUUAUUAUUAAGUGAAGAAAUGCAAAAAUGGAAUCAACCUCAUGAAGUGUUGCUGUGGAUGCUCUCUAAAAUACCAAACUCUGUCACUUUCUUUCUAUUGUUACGAAACUUCUCAAAACAGAGAUUGAGACUGAGUGAUGAGCCAUCAUCCCAGCUAAUAUUGACAGCAUGGAUGACAGAUGAGGCUUUGGUUCGUCAGGGCACACACACACAAACACACACAAACACACAGAGCGAGUUCUGCCUAUUCGGGUACUUGUCACAUUUUGACACAGAGGUCAGAUGACUUCUCUGGUAAAUCUGCUGAUUCUUGAAAAUGAUGACAUGCACCAGCUGACUCAGUUUUUCACCUCAAUUAAGAUCAGCCUUACCUUAUACUCUUUGUGUGUUGGUAUCCCAACACGAUCACAUCACAGAUUUGUGUAUUUAAUCAUUUAAUUAUAUGAGAGGAAUAUUAAACAGUAACCCUUCAGCACUGCUGUUAACCCCUGUCUCCUAUGGAAAAAAAAGUCACUCUUUCACCUGUUAAAGUCACUGAAAAUAAAAACAUUAAUGCUGCCUUUUGACCCUUUUUUUUUUCACAGACAUGAUCCUUAACUUCCGCACCACCUAUGUGAGCCAGUCAGGGCAGGUGGUGUAUGAGUCACGCUCUAUUUGCAUUCACUAUGCCACCACCUGGUUCUUUGUGGACCUGGUGGCUGCCCUGCCCUUUGACCUGCUGUAUGCCUUCAACAUCACAGUGGUGAGUUUAAGUCUGCAGUUACAUGUUCCGCUUGCACUGUUUCCCUGACCCCUGUGACUGCUGACAUAGGCAAUAACAUGAUAACCUCAAAAUAAUACAGCCCUUUGAAAUAUAUUUAGCCUUAGGGAGGCAUCAAACAUCACUUUGCGCAUGGCUGCCAAUGUCACUGCAGGCCUGUGAAUUGAGUACACACUGCCUUUAUACCAGAUAGGCAAAUUUGUUUGAGAAAAAUCCCUGCUUGUCCAAGCUGUUAUUCUCAGCUGCGUGUUGUUGACAGUCAAAGAGUCUUUCAAGUUAUUUGGAGACAGAGUGGUUCACUUUUUAUCUUCUUCCCUCUGCCGCUAUGCCCCCAUGACCGCCUCUCUUCCUCAGACCUCUUUAGUCCACCUCCUGAAGACCGUACGCCUGCUGCGCCUCCUCCGUCUUCUCCAGAAGCUGGAUCGCUAUUCUCAGUACAGCGCCAUGGUGCUGACCUUACUGAUGUCUGUGUUUGCCUUACUGGCACAUUGGAUGGCCUGCAUCUGGUACAUGAUUGGACGCAAGGAGAUAGAGACCAAUGACUCCUGGGAGAUUGGUGAGUCUUACUGAAACCUGGCAGAAGUUUGCAGAUUUAACUGCGGUGUUUUCUCAGCCAGGAUCAAAAUAUAAGCUUUUCCCUUUUCUGUAACAAAGAAAUGAAGUGAUGGUUCCAUCUGAUGUUAUAUCAAUUUUUUGUCUUCUGACUGGAAUACAUCCAAUGAAUAAUUAAACUGCUAAUUUCAUGGCUUUGACUGAGUGCUGACUGCACAGAUUUGAUUUAGUCACCAUAUGUUCCUUGUAAGCCCAUUGUUUCUUUGUUUAAACAGCAAAAACUUCCAACAAAUAAAACCAUAAACCAGACUGCCAACACAGUGAGUAGACAUUUGUUUUGUCCCCACUCAGCUAUAAAUAGUCUUGGCUAACCUAUAGGGAUGUCUAGUUCUGCUCAGUGGAGAGCUGGUGGCAAACACCAUACUCUAAUGAGGACUGUCUGAAACCAGAUCAAAAGCUGAUAGAAAAAAAUGACUGCAGGAAGCAGCGCACUGAUAUGUUGUUUCUGUCACUGUGUUUGAAAAUGGUUCAACAUGGGGACCGGAAAAACAAAAUCAGAAGCUGGCUGUUGUUUCUUUUUCUAUAAAUAAGUCAUAUCUGAGAGCUUGUCUUAUUGUUUACACAAGUGCCUAUGACAGAUCAAAGUGUAUAUGUAACCGUAUGCAGACUUUUAUUAAGGCCAAAAUGAAUAAAAGCAAAUGACGUGUUUAAUCCUGUAUCACAAACAGCCCUCUACCAUUCAUAAGAACAAUAAACAGCAGCAUAUUGUGACUUCCUGUCGAAUCCAGCAUUAUUAAAUCUCUGCUCCACUUUUUUUGGGUGAUAUACCUUUUUCAGUAUUUGUCUGAGUCCAUACAGUAUUUGUGUAAAGUUCAUUAUCAGUAUACUCUCUCUUUAGGGAGGUUAGGUCAUCACUACUAAUUAACACUUGGCCCCUUACAUCCUUGGAGGGGCCAACCUAAUUCUACUCUGCCCUGCACUGACAUGCUGGCCUCCUGACUGUUGAAAAUGUUACACUCACACACAAAGACUCUAACAUACACUUCUGCUCCUAACAAACCCUGUCACACUGACCCAAGGGGGAUUCAAACCAUAACCUUUGGAUAUUAUUCUCAUUUAAGGAUGGCUCCAUGAGUUGGGUAAACGUCUAGAGACACCCUACAUCAACAGCACAGUUGGUGGCCCGACGGUACGCAGCUCCUACAUCGCUGCCCUUUACUUCACCCUCAGCAGCCUGACCAGUGUGGGCUUUGGCAAUGUCUGCGCCAACACCGAUGCUGAAAAGAUCUUCUCCAUCUGCACCAUGCUCGUUGGCGGUAUGUCUUACACCAGGGUACAUUCUCCCUCUGGCGUCCUGGCAUGACAGCGUCUGUGUUCAGCGCGCAAGGGCAAGAUAUUCUGCAGGAAGUGGUUUGGCUGGCCUUUAAGAAGCAGCUUGUUGCCUUAUUCGUACCAAAAAGCAGACUAUUUUAGCUGAGGUGGCAAUUUAAUGGUGUGACAACCAUGAGGAUAAUUACUCUGUGUUUUUUUUUUUAACUCAAGCUGCUUGUCAGGACGGUGAAACAAACUAAGCUUUAUAUUACUUUGGGCACUGUUAGGGAACUUAAACAAGGCAAGAAAAAACCAAAAGUCAAGUUUCUGUUUAUUUAAGAGCAGAAAAAGUCACCCAAAGAGUAGUUUUUUUCUUUAAGUUGCAAUUCAGCCCCUUAAAAUAAUAAUAUGCUGAAUGAUUUUAUGAUUAUUUACUGCUUUUAACACUAUUUCUUUCCUGCUCUCACACAGCGCUGAUGCACGCCCUGGUUUUCGGCAAUGUGACAGCCAUCAUCCAGCGAAUGUACUCGAGGCGUUCUCUCUACCACACUCGCAUGAAGGACCUAAAGGACUUCAUUCGUGUCCACCGUCUGCCUCAGCAGCUCAAACAACGCAUGCUGGAGUACUUCCAGACCACAUGGUCAGUCAACAAUGGUAUAGACGCAAAUGAGGUAGGCAUCCCUCUCGUUAAAUUAUCAUAUUACACUUCAGGCUUAGAGGAAAUGCUAGUAUCAUAUGUAAACUCUUAAACAUGCCCUACAAUCCAUUCGAAUCCCUGUGCUGCUAGAACUGUUUAUGAUCUGUCACAGCCCAUCCCUGCCUGAAUGCCAUCAAUUGACAUUUUAUUAAAAUUCAAAAGAGACUAACUGGUGGCAACAUAGUCCACUCCCUAAUUACAAAUCACUGUCACAGCUCAUUACAUCUGUCACGCAUCCCCCAGCUCCUGCAUGACUUUCCUGAUGAGCUGCGGGCCGACAUCGCCAUGCAUCUGAAUAAGGACAUCCUCCAGCUGCCGGUCUUUAAGGGAGCCAGUCGUGGCUGUCUGCGCUCGCUCUCCCUCCACAUAAAAACCUCAUUCUGUGUCCCCGGGGAGUAUCUCAUCCGUCAGGGUGACGCGCUGCAUGCCAACUACUUUGUCUGCUCUGGGUCUCUGGAGGUGCUGAAAGACAGCAUGGUGCUCGCAAUAUUGGGUUAGUAAUUACUGUCAAGCACCUUCUUUGGCACCAUGGUUAGGGAUUAUUCAGUCAAAGAAAUAGGCAGGCAAAUAAAUAUUCUUUGUUUUGCUCGUAGGAAAGGGAGACCUGAUCGGCUCUGACCUUCCCGGAACAGAGCAGGUGAUCAAAACUAAUGCUGAUGUGAAGGCCCUGACAUACUGCGACCUCCAGUAUAUCAGCGUGCGAGGCCUCAGAGAAGUGUUGGAACUUUACCCCGAGUAUGGCAGUGUGUUCGCGUCCGACAUUUUCAACAACCUCACCUACAACCUGCGCGAAGGCAGCCAGGAGGAGGUAUGAAACUAACACUUAUCAGUUAUCUGAUUAAACUAUUGCUCGUCCCUGGAGGUAGCCCACCAUGAUUUUAUUCACUUGCUUGUAUAUUGAUGCCUACAGUUGGCAGUUUUGACGUCUUUUUUCUCUAGACAGUUGAGGGAUGCAAAUUGCUGUAUCUCAUGACAAUUUGAGUGGAUAGCAUCAAUCAAAGGUAGCCAAGCAUUAAAGCAUUGAAGCAUAUCCAGCUUCAUUGUUAGUUUUGCUCUAAAGCAAACCAUAUUUUACAAAAGGAGCAUCAUGCUGUAUUGGGGAAAACUGGAAACCAAAGAUUGGGUUCUUACCUCAUUAGAAACAUCUUUACAAGGGUAUAGAUCAACUUAAAUGUAUGGUUAUUUCCACAUCUGGUCCUUACAAAUAAAAUUACCAUUACUAACUUAUUUAUGCAACUAUUGGUGUUUCCAGUAACACUUUGCAGUUUCUGGAAUUUCUUGUCUGUGUUUUAGUAUUUGUGACAUUUAGAGCUCCUGUAAGAGGCUUAAAUUCACAUUGAGACCUUUUUUAUGAUAAACAAAUGUGAAUAAGACCAUCAGCAGCAGGACUGACUAUUUUUAUCUUGUCAUUUUUAAUGGCUAUAAAACCUGUGUGAAGGGUUAGGUGUCAGUGGAGCAGCUGAAUAAACAAGUUUGACUUUCAAAAGUCAGCAGGAUAGGUUUCUUUGUUAGAGGACACUGUUUGAGCAUGUAAAGGACUAAAGAUAAGUGAAGACUGCCUUUCCAAUGGGGGGUACCAAAACUGACACAAUCUGAAAGAUUUAUCAGUAGCCUCAUUUUAUUUUGUCAGGCUUUGCUCACAGUGCAGAAAUUCGUGUUCUGCAUUUGUAUUUUCUUUAUUAAGCAUCAACAACCCACACUCCACCCACCCACUAACCCCAGGUCAUAAUUGUGGCCUCAAAUUUAGCAGUAACUGGCUGAAACGGUCGCCUUCUUUAAAAUAUUCCUCCAUCAAUCCACAUCGAAUAUUCUCUACAUCAGCUCAGUCUUUUGUCUGUGUCUUUUCUUGGGUCACUGCAAAUGCUCAAAGUGUUAUUGAUAGGUUACAUUUAGUUUAAAGGGAAUUAGCCAUUUAGCUGUGAUUUUAAUCAGUCAAUGAAAGUGGUUUUUUUUUUUUUCCCCUCACCACAGGCUGGAGCAUAAAGCACAGCAGACAACACAUUUGUACCCCCUAGGUGCCUUUGUCACUCUAGUUGACACUUGUUCUACCACAGCAUCCAAAGCCCUGUUGGUGACUUGAUUGUCACACCAAUUACUGCGCAUGGGUUCCACUGUCAGCCAGCCAUAUCACUUCCCUGUUGCCACCCCAAAGCACAGUAGGAUGACAUUACACCCAGACACUGACCCCCUCUCAGUGCUUCAUGGAAGCCCCAACAGUUAUUUAAGAAAGCAUUACGUAAGGCCAGAUAAUCUUCCCUGGGUGGAGAAAAAAAAUGCCUGUUGAUGCUACACAUGUAGCCAUGUUUUCAGGCAGAGUUACAUAAUCUCUCUAAAGACGCAGCUCCAAACCUUCAAAUCGAAUAAUUUCAUUAAUUCAAGCAACAGAGCAGAAAAGGUUGAUGACUGUUUUUGCAUGGCAUUUUUUGAGCCAUUGGAUCAAAACAAAUUAAUGCCCAGGGUUACUGAUGUGGGACUUACAGAGCUCUAAAUGCUCAUCCUUAUUGUCAGUCAGAAACAUUUGCACUCGUCCGAGGCAAUUCUCAGCGUUUUCACAGACUUUUCAUUUAGUGGUUGUAGUUUUAUUUUCAUUUGGUUUCAAAAGAAUAGGACAUCUGUGCUGACUAUGCUCAUUACAGGAUUAUUUUUUUUUCCUUUGUAUCAGGCAUGUGGUGAGAGACCAGCUUUGGCUGUGUUAUUUGAGAACUUCAAAAACAGAAUGAUUAUGUCUAAGUAUUAUAGACAUCAUUUUGCAUUCACCAAACCCAUGACGGAAACCUAGGAAGGGUGGCCUCAUAUCUGAGAAUUGUAUUGGGUUUACAGAUGUCCUAUAGAAGUAUAUGUUAUUACAUCACAAAGGUAUUAAUAUUAUCCUAGUCUGAUCAUGAGUACUACCUCUCUACUUAUUUCACACCAUCUGCUCUGAGUUUAAAACACAAAGCCAGGGCACUAGCACCCCUUGGACAGGAAGAAGGUGCUACCAAGUGAGGCUGCCAGGUCUUACAAACCCAUGAUACUCUCGCACACUUGUAUAUAUUUGCACAUAUACGCUCACGCUGGUAUCAUUUAAGUUGGGAGUUGCAGGACAGUGAGUCAGGUUACACUCCAGGGAGGUUUCAGUGGUGUAUGAUGAAUUAGUCAGUUGCAGUGAAAUUCUGCCAAAUAAACAGAUUGUAGAAAUGCCCGUUACUGUAUGAGAGAUAUGAAAGGGGUAAUUUUAUCUGGUCUAAAAGGGGAAAUCCCAUAAGCCCAGAUGGUAAUGAAGGUAUUUGAUUUGUUUUGAACUUUCACUGCAGGAGUGUCGAUUAACCUUAACCCAAAUGUUACAGUACGGGGGGGUUCGUCAUGAUGACGAACAUUCAGGGAGUUUCACCUUCAUCUGUCACUGUUGUAACUGUAGUAUUAUGGAGCUUUACAGCAAAUUGCAGAAAGCUAUUAGGCGUGCAGAUUUACUGUUUCUUUUCACUCUUACAAUCAUCCAUUUGGUGAAAAAACAACCCCAAUAACAUACUACAUAUAGGUGAAUAUACUGGUGUAUUUAACAGGUAAAGAGGCAUUUGAACAUUUAAUCAGUAAAGCCAAAAAUCAGAGACCAUAUUUCCAAGCUGCUCAAACUGCAACUCCACAUGAGCGAAGAUAUGUCUGUUGUGUUGCCAAAAAAUCUGUUAUUGCAGAGUAAAGAUAGCAGGUUUGAUUAUCUGGUAUGGUUUUAGUUGAGUGCAUUAGUGAAUGGCUGAUUUCUUAAGAGUUUAAUGGGGAAAAUAAGUGAGUGUGCCUCCUAGACAAACUGGGAAGGUCAUUCCACCACCAGGGAGCCAGCACUGAGUCAAAAUUUGUUGGACUAUAAUCACCAUACGCUGCAGGGAGAGUUAAGUAGUCAGUCCUCAUGCAGUGUGAAGAACAAGCUGGUCAGUCAGGAGUUAUAGGGACCAUUCAGCCCCCCUCGGAGCUUCAAAUGACAACAACAGUUUAACAAAGUUGAUAAGAACAACAACUGAAAAGCAGAGACGGGAGGGCUGGAGCUUUUAUAAAAACUAGAGAUGAGCUCAGUGUUUCUUGACACAGUGGACUAGAUAACAAUUCCUGUCAGGAGUAGGCUGAAUCAGUGUGUAGAAGACAAAAACAAAUGUCUCAUCAACUGUCCCAGGUGGCUUUUGCUACAAAUUUCACAAUAGGAUCAGUUUCAAAAAGAAACAAUAGAAACAAACAAAGCCUUGGAAUAAUAAUAAUGAAUUUCUAACCAAAAUUCUUUUUGUAUUUUUCUUUUUAUCAUGUCUUUAUUUAAUAGUUUGGUCACACUUUAUUUGACACCUAUCUUUACAACGCAUUAUAAAUAUAUGUAUGAUAUGUUAUAAUCACGUUAUAGCACUGUAUAACUAUAGUUAUAAACGCUCAUAAAUGAUCAUAAUGCUUUAUAGCAAUAAUCAGAACACAUUAUAAAGUAUUUUAUCACGACUUACAAGGUCAGGUAUUAUAAUGUGUUAUAACUGUUCACAAGUCACUGACAAUGCCCACAUUGAUAAUGCAAUGAAACUGUUGUUAACAGUUAUAACACAUUACAAUACCUAAUAAAAUGCUUUAUAAUGUGUUUUGUGUAUUGCUAUAAAGCAUUAUGAUCAUUUAUGAGUGUUUAUAACUAUAGUUAUACAGUGCUAUAAUGUGAUUAUAACGCGUUUUACAUAUAUUUGUAGAUAUCUGUAGAUAUGCAUAUCUGUAGAGAUAUGCAUCAAAUAAAGUGUUACCAAUAGUUUCUAUAAUCUGGUAUGGAAAUUCUUGUGUUCUUAUAAAAUGUGAAAACACAGCACACUUGGGAGAGAUAAAAGCAAGUCCUUCAACCAGACUUCUGCAAACCCACUUUACAAUGUAGGACAGUUGUGGUAAUAGUGCUCUAUUAAUUGAUGAAAAUGCUCAAUUAAAAUUGUUUGACCCCAAUCUCCUCAUCAUGGAUAUCAUGACAUGUCGCUCCAGGGUUUGUUUUCCCCGUGACAAGAAUUUUGAACAGUCUCACACGUUUGUCCCUUCAGCUUCUUACAUACCACCAGAGGAAGAGAUGCCAAGUUUAUAUAUGGGGUUGUAUAUCAUAAAGUGGUGAUUGGUGUUCGUACUCAGUAAUUGACUUUCAUAGAGUACUAAAAUUAAACCUUUUUUUGGUGAAAGAGCAACAGACUGGGGUUUGUGUUGUCAUGUUUAGCCAUGUUGUCAGUUUUCACACAUGACAGAAGAGUUCGCACUUCCACUGUUUCAUUUCCCAUGCUGCUGUAAUUACACCAAAUUGCAUCCAAUUUAUAUAAACACCAGUAGAAAAAGCAGCCUUCACUAGACUCCAUCUGCAGUCGGGUUUUAAAGACAGUUCUGUGAUUCAGCUUGGAAAAAGGCAAACAGGUGCAGAGUAAAAAUAUUCAACACUAAUUUUUAAAAAUCCAAAGACAUCACUGAAAUCAGUUUUAGGUCCAACUGAAACUUCUUAACAUUUAAAUCACAGAGGCUUACAAAGACUCAUGAAAAACACAGUCUUACUCGAGUUGUAACAAUCUUUAGAAGGUGGCACUCACCAACACUUGCUGCAAUGUGUGAAAAAAGACCUGGAUCUAAACUAUGUUGGAUUCGCUGAACUUAAUUUCACACAAAUAGUUGUACUGUUGAUGUCAAGAGCGUAAAUGAAGAGGAAAAUGCACUCAGCAUUUCAGUUAGAGCUCCAGAUGGAGAUACAAUAGUGUAGUUUGAUAGAUGACAGUGAACAUAACAUGAACUUUAUAGAUUUUUUCACAGAGGUACCUUUGAAGAUAAGCAAAAAGAGUAUAUAUUUGAGUAGGUGAAGUACAUCUAGCAUAAGCUGAUGUCAUUUGUGAUCCCUGUGGCUCUGUGCUUUUACUCCUGCAGGGUCUCAGCAGGUUUUCAAGGUCCCCCAGGCUUUCUCACGUGAGUUCAGAUAAAUACUGUCAUCAUCUCCUCCUUGAGGUGUCUUAAAUCUUUAUUUUUCGAAAAUGCAUGUUUUUUUUUUAUUUCUAAUAAAACUCAGAUGCAAAAUAAACUCACAAAGCCUGUUUUUAAAUCUUAUUUUUGAGUUCAAGGUGCAUGAGCGUCCUGCAUGUCAGUCUCUGUUUUAAAGCAUGCUUGUGUCUGGAUUUGUGAAACCCCUGUAUGUUUCUGGGACACACUGUGUUGCUCAGGUUUGGUUUAGGUGAGGACUUCCCCUACAGGUUGAAACUCAUUUGGAUCACAGAUAUUUUGGUCCCUGGAGUUAGCUUGCUAACUGGGUCAGUCGCUCUCAUUAUAGGAAACCUUAUGAGCUACUUUUCUCAUUACAGUACUUACAGUUUGCUUAUCUCCUUGCCUUAUUUCUCUGUUAUUUAAAUGCUGUUAACAGUACUCUCUUGGUCUGUUAAAGUUCUACUUCAUCUAAUAUUUAUUGUUUUUUCCCCCCACAAGCCACAAAGGCAGGCACAGUUAGAGCGUAAUAGAUUUUUAACAGGAUUAAACUAAUGGGAUGAAAAGAUCAUCAGCUGUACCUCAUUAAAAUCAUGGUGACACAAUAAUUGCUCUUUAAAUGCAAAAUAAAACCAGAUGUUGUCACAUGCAGGGUAUUUGAGUUGGCAUUUUAAAUUUCUGAUUAUUAAGCUAACAGUUACUUAAGUUGCAAGUUGUGGUUUUUUUUGCUUUGCAGGAGCCCAGACUCCCCUCCAUCAUUGAAACAAAGGGAGAUGUCGCUGACGACUCCUUCCACCUCUCUCCAGCCACCCGCUCUCGUCGUAACCUCCACCUGCCAAGUUUCAGCAGCCCCGUCCGCCGCACCUCCCUGGGAAACCUCCUCGGGGAUGAGCUGAGGCAGUUCAACGCCCUGCGACGCUGCCGUUCGCCCAACCUCAACCGGGGCUCUCACGGGCAGAACUCCUCCCCUCAACCGUCAUCCAAGAAAGAGCACAGCACGCCUGCAGCAGCCUCAGCUCCAGCAUCAACCUCAAGUUCAAGUCAAGGAGAGUUCGGGGCUGAGCAGAAACCUUCUCAGCUGCUUAUCCCCACUGUUACCUGCUUUGCACCCCCAGAUCUGAGUCCCAGGUAUUGUGCAAUUUUCAUUAAUCUAAUCAAAAUUUGUUUAAUCAACUAUGACACUAUUAGGGACUGACCAAUUUAUUGGUGAGCCAAUUAAAUCGGCCAAAACUCGCCGAUUUUCGCCAAUAUUUUCAGAAAUAAAAUGCGAAGAAUAAGAUUUGAUUUCACUUCAAAAACGUUCCGCCUAGUUGAAAACGCUUUUCUAGUCCAAGUUUGAUCAGUCGGUCUUCCUCUCAGCGUGAAGAGCAGUAGCCUACAGGAUACCUACAGUAGCAAUAUAGUUUACUGUAGAUAUCUACAGUAUAUAUAUAUAUAUUUUAUAACUUCAUACAAAAAUUUAAAAAUCGGCCGAUUAAUCGGUAAUCGGACCCCCCCCCCCCAGCCCUAAUAACCGGCAUCCCCCCCCCCCCCAAAAAAAAAACAUAUUGGUUAAUUUAAUGACCAAUGACCAUAUUUAUAAAUGUCGAACAAGUACGACUUCUUCAAUGCUGCACAUUUGAGCUGCAUGGUUGUUAUAGAGAACCAUCAGACUGUAAACUUUAUAUACUGAGUCUCAAAAUGAGCCAAGUGUUCAGAAUAGUGUCUCUUUUGGAAUAGUCAAAAAUAGUCAGCCCUUUAUUUAGCCUAGCUGUAUUCUUAAAUACACGUACAUGUAGAUUGAAACACUGAAAAAGUGGUGGACCAUAAACACGUAAUACCCGGCUGACAAAACCCUGAAAACCCCUGGAAAACUAGAUCCUCUCACAUGUUAAACAUGACAGAGACCAGCUGAUAAGUGGAGGUUGAGCUAAUGUGUUAAAAAGACACAAGGAAAGAAUGGAUGGAGCUUAUUUUCAAACAAGCAAAUCUGAUUUAAAUGCUAAAAUUCUGAUGAGAAUAGCGCCAAGGUGACCCAGUUCUGAUACCGUUAAAGCAGCUAAGAUUUUCAAAGUAAUGUGUCGCAGUAAUGGACACCUAAAGUCAUGCUUAAAAAAGCUGCAUCAUCCACUUAAUGUAAAUGGAGUUUAUUAGAAUUGCAUAUUCCAGCAGAUGUCACUGCAUUUCAUUAAUAGAGCACCCUAUCCUCCUGCCCCGACCAUCUGUAUUCAUAAUGUAUCUCUAAGUCAUCCAGUAAGUCCCGGAGAUAGGUACAUGCUGGUUCAGAGAGCUCAGGUAUCCUCCCCCUCCAGACAGGGCGCUUCUCCUCAUGUUCAAACCCUCAUGUUCCUCUGCCAGCAGCAGCUCUCAUGGCACAUAUCUGGGUAGCUGCUGGCUCUGGUGACAAUUGAAAAAGCCUCUACUGUUACAUUAACUCCAGCUUCCCUCUUCUUCACCCCUCCUCACUGCCAGGGUGGUAGAUGGCAUCGAAGACAAUGGGCACACGUUCCAUUUCAACGUGGAGCACAGCAGGCCCAAAGCCAGCACAGGAGGCAGCGCCCAAGGUAAGCAGAACGGCCUCCAGCUGCGAGGGUCACACAGGUGCCAGAUGGCUUGAGAGUUCAAACAGUUGAUAGGACAACUCUGCGCUGCCUCCUUCUGGGGAAACAUGAGAGCACAGAGAAGUGAAAUGACAGCAGGGUGUCGGAAGAGUCAGAGAACAUGCUAAAGGACAACUGAGGUCAAAGCAGGGCACAGAUCAUGUGACCUGAGCUUUCACUGAAGAUCACUCUGGCAUGAAUAUUGCAUUAAGUUCAGCCUGAGUCCAGCUAAUUAACUUGAGUAAAACAAAAGCUCAGUUAGAGAGAUUUAUUCAAGUGCACACUGUAAUUCAUACAGUCGGGGGCUUCAGAGCUUGCCCUCCUAUCGCAUCUUGUUUUCCCUUUCUUUAGCUUGUGCCUCAUUGAUUUUACAAAACCGCCAUCUGCUUUCAUAAGAGUGUUGUUGAAAGUCUUGCUGAGCUUCUUUAUUUUAUAUCCUGUAACACACUGGAGAAACAUCGCUUACCCAAGACACUUUUUACAUCACUUGUGAAAGCUAUCAAUAACAGUUAACAUAACUCCACACCUUCAACAGGAUGGAAAUUGAUUUCUGAGUUUUUUUAUUUUAUUGGAAUAGUGAUUCAAUAUUUGAAGUUGAACUUGUUGCUGCUGUGGGAAAACUUAUCAGGGGAUCUGCUGUAGCUGUAGCUGCCAGGCUCAAUAAAUGCAGAAAGAAAGAAAGAAAGAAAGAAAGAAAGGAAGGGGGUGCAGAGUGUUAGAUGUUUUGGGGUAGCUUUGAAUUUACAUUUAUAUAACAUUGCUUUCACUUCACACAUCACAUCACUUAAAAUUCAGCUUUAAUAACAUUGUUGAAACCUCUGUAGCAUUUCUAAAUGAUGAGCUCCUUAAGGUUUUUUCUCCCGAUUUUUUUCAGAUUCUUCUCAGGCUAACGCCACUCUGCUGCAGGAGACGGAGGAGGUCAAACAGAGCAUCAGUCAACUCAACCACAAGGUCAGAUACAGCCUGUUAACACACAUUAAAACUGACUGGACCAACAUAGUUUGGAAUAGAUCUGUCUGAAAAGUAUUUUUGUGUGAGACAGAAAAUGAAACACAGCAAGAAUUAAUGAUGGUCUGAUAGAAGUUGUUUUUAAUAUGGGGACCAGCUGAACUUCAUUCAUUAAUUCAUCCUGUCCAAAAUCGUCCAUUGGCUUCAUUCUAUGAGAUCAGUUUCUGCUUAAUUUGGUUAUAGAAGAAGUUCAAGCAGGUGCAUUGUGAGGAUCCAGAUGGGCCCAGGUAGCUUCUGUCUGAAGUCGAUAUUAAUUAACCAGCAGGGCACUAUCUGCAUUGCAGCGGGUAGCAGGGAGUGCUGACUCAACGAUCUAAAAAAAAAAAAUCUUGACAGCAGUGUACUCUACUCGUGGCCCUGCUCUGGCCCUCUCUCCCCUCCUGUUCCACUUCCUUGUUCCUGGUCUUCUGUCUUCUCUCGCCCCUAUUUGCGUCACUUACCUCAGCCUGGGUCCCUCUGGACUUUUGGGCCGUGGAUGAAGAGGAUUAUGAAUAAUGUGGUCCUUUUUUGGAAGGUCAUCAGAAAAUUAUGUCUGGACAUGAGGCUGAGAUUAAAACUCAAAAUAGAAGCAGAUUCGUUUGAGAGUGCGGGGGAUUUAAAUGGGCAGAGCUGUGAAUGUGUAAUUCACCAAUUUUUCUGUGUUGUUUAAUUAAAAAUGUGUUCAUUCUCUCUCAGAUGGGCACAUUAAACCAGGAAGUAUCAGAGCUUGCCAAAGGCCUGCACCACAUGCUGCACCUCCUCCAGGCCCAUGUGACUCUGCAGCGCUACAACACUUCCCACCCCUCAUACUCAUGCAGCGUAGCCUCCAACACCGGCAUACCCUUUAACCCUGCUCCAAACUAUCACUUCCACAGUGAUCCUGGGAGCCGUGACAGCCACCAAAGUGUCCCAGCUGCAGGCCGCUGGAGUUUCAGUGGAGCUUCUGAAACCCAAACACAGACCCAACACAGACCUCAGUCCUCUAGCCCACCUGCUCCCUGCUGUCCAGCCCUUUCUGUAAACCCUGAUCCCAGGUUAGGCCCAUGUCAUGUCUCUGAGAACACUAAUCUGUGGACCGGCCCAUCUCUUCUUGGCCUAAGCUCAGGCUUCCAGAGUGGAGGUCCAGGCAUGGCGCUUUGUAAAGACUCUGAAAACAGACCUCUCAGCGCGAGCCCAAGCAGCAUCAGCCGGUCCCAGCCCAGUCUGUGCCUGCAGCCUCCCAGUGACAAGAAUGAACUUUCUUGCCUUUUCUCCAGCGCUCUCACAGGCGCGUCAACACAGAGCCUGCUGGACUCAUCACCCAGUUCUUACCCCAACCUCUGCUUGCCCUCAAAGUCCCAUCUGGACUUAUCACUAGCCCCACAUGAGGACAUUUGCGAUCUCAUGUCCGCUCCAGUAUCAAGUAACCUGACCCAGGACAUCUCAAUCUUUCAAAUUGAGGACUCGAACCCCUCAAUCCACCCUGUGUCUGUCUCACCACCAACAUCACCCGGUCAACCUCUUAGAUCCUCCCUGGAUACAGGAUCACCCCUGGGCGACCCGUCCGCCAUAGAACACACCAGUCUGGAGUGCCUACUGGGGAAUGGGGGCUCAACAGAGAGCAGAGACAGUGAAAGUGUGUCAUCGCGGAGGUCCAGCAUCGGCGUGCAGACUCAGAGCACAGAGCAGUCGUGGUGUCUGGACCUUACAGAUUGAAGAUGCUACAGGAACAGUCGCUCUGACUUCACCGCAGCUAAAAAAAGACACUCAAGUCUUUAAACUGCAAAUUUUGACAGUGUUUUCAAGAUUUCUGCGUGCUGUAUUUCCUUCUGUCUUUCUGAGCUCUAAUGUUCAUCAAACUACACAAAAUCAACACUGUUUCUAUGCAAAAGCAUGUCAUUGUGCGUUGUUGCGGCUUUACUGAAGUGUGUCUUUAAGAAAAAACUCCCACAGCUGUGGGUUCCAGUAUAUACUGUAUAUUUUUUCCAACAUCCUUGAAGCAUUUUGCAGUUGAUACUACCUGUUACCUCCUUGCAUGGUAAAGUUGUUUAUUCUUUUUCCUAAGGAAAAGGUUUCAAAAUCAAUGUGUAAGCAUUCUACAUGACACCUUGUUGAUUGUGUACACAGAUGCUGUAUUGAGACAGGUGAGUUGUUGGAUGUUUUAAGAUUCCAAGGGGCAGAAAUGACACAUUUAUGUGCAUCUCUCAGCAUAGAUUGGCUGUUGUUUUAUAUUGAUUUUUUUUCUGUUCCAGUUUUUUAUUUGUGAGCUCUAAGACGACAUACUUUCAUCUGAAUUAGAUGAUUAAAUUCAGUUAUAAUUCCAUUGAACAUCUCCAGGUUUACACCCUACUACAGAUCCUGCUGGGCAUUCAAAUUAGUCUUAAUUUUUUACCUUUUGUCAAUUUAUUAGAGGAGGUGCUUAGAAAUAGGUGAAUUAUUUUUCCUCAAAAAAGAAAAACUUCUGUUUCAUGGAUUUACAAUUCUGUAAACACAAAGUACGCAAUGAUUAGAUAAAAAUGACUAAAUAUACAUAUUAGAUGAAUAAAUCAGUCCCAUGCUAUAAUUGUGGUAUAUAUGGUCUUUGAAUUACAAAGUUUGAACGCCUUUCUGGGAAAACAUACUAACUCUUUAAAUUCACAAGAUAUUCAGAGUAUUCAGGAACUUUGUUCUUUUUGAAUGAUUUCUCCUUGGCUGACAAAUAAAGUAUGCAGAAAUGUA